AUGAUGGAGGCUGCUGCGCACAGCUCUUCGGCCCGAGCGGAGACGACGACGCAGUGGGCAGAGCUGACCAGCAUGCUCGAAGAAAUGGAGGUCCGGCAGCAGCGCGGCAACGACGCCGAGAAGGCUGAGAGCCAAGCCGACGGCGAAGAAGGUGGUGGUUCGAUGGUGGGUCCGCACCAGCUCAGCUCGUGGCGACGGAAGCGGCAGGCGCACCACUUUGCGGCACCUCCGUUGGCCGCGACGACCCGGGGCGGCGCCACACCUCCACGCCCCGCCACGAUUGCCGUCGACUCCGAACCCAAAGUCGAGGCCAAGACGCUGCCAACACCCAAAACACGAACCAGGUCCGGAGACUACACGCUGACGGCGAGGGAACGGGCCAUCCGGGAGAAGGUGGAGGAGCAACAAGAAAACGAAGACGACAAACAACGAAAAAGAACGAAGAAGGAGAAAAAAGAGAAGAAAGAACGAAAGAAGUCGAGUAAUGGCAGCAGCAGCAGCAAGGAGGAGAGGGAGAAGCUGGUCAAGGUGCGCAAGGACAGCAAGAACCUCGAGCGGGAGGAGAAGCGAAAGAGGAAAGAGGAAGAGAAGACCAGGAAAAAGGAAGAGAAACAGAAAGAAAAGGAGAGGGAAGCUGACGUCGCGCCAGGUUCGGUCGUCUUGCGAUACGCGGCGGCGCGCAAGGCCACCAAGUCGGCCGAUGACCUGGCCGGCGUGGUGCAGGUCACCACCGCCACCACUACAAGCUCCGCCGCCGGCAAGCCCUUCAGCCACUCGAGUCCGGUGGCCCUGCGACGAGCGCGGUCGGCCUCAUCUGGCACAGAUCCAGGCCAGAUCUCUCCCGCCAGCGAUCGCGAGAAUGCGUUGUCACGAUCUGGAACGAUUUCGCGCGUGGAGGUGCGACGCAAGCCGACCACCGGAGUGUCCACGACUGCGACCCAACCGGUGGGCGAUGAUCCGCUCCUCGUGACCCGCCUGGUCAUCGCCUUUCUCAUCGACGCAUUCGUGCGCUUCCAUGGAAAUGAGAGACACGGGGUGUUCCGAGUGCCGGGCGAUGCGGAUGAGGUGAGCAGGACCAAGGAGCGACUCGACCGCGGCGAGUUCGUGCUGACCACCACUGACUCUUUUGUGGUGGCCUCCGUCUUGAUCGCCUGGCUCGCCGAACUGCCCGAACCCCUCAUUCCCUUUGCUCACUAUGACGCGUGCAUCGAGAUCGCCACCCGGCGAGGUCUGGGCAAUCGCGGCGAGAGCUCCAAGGAGGAGUUCAAGCUGGUGGCCCGCCUCCCCGAACUCAAUAAGAGCGUGAUCUUCGACCUUCUGGACUUCAUCAAGGAGCUCGCCAAGCCGCACACCAUCGAGAAGACCGCCAUGCCCUUGAGCAGCCUGGCGAUGGUGUUCCAGCCUGUUUUCCUGCGCAGCCAAGACCCCUCCGCGCUCUUCCUCAACAGUGCGUAUGAGGCGUCGUUCGUGAGGCAGCUCUUCUCCACCUAUCUCGCGCUCUCGGACUAG